CGCCAUCUUCUUGGAAACCUCUCCGCCAUGAGAGCUAAGUGGAGGAAGAAGCGAAUGCGCAGGCUGAAGCGUAAAAGAAGAAAGAUGAGGCAGAGGUCCAAGUAAACCGCUAGCUUGUGCACCCAUGGAGCCACAGGAGCAGAAAUAAGGAAAGCCAGAGGCCAGGGACGCUGGUACCAAUUGUUGGACUGCAUGCCUACUUUCUAGAGCUUGAUUCAGUGGAUCUAGAACAUCCAUCGCCAUCUGAUCUCAACGACCACCUUUGAGAGACUCGCCUUGUUCAUAUCAGAAGUCCCUUUUGGUCCGUUGCUCUGGACCUGUGACUUUCGGGACUAAUUCUGUUUUCAUGUGUGGCUGAAUGUAACAACGUAUACAAUAAAUCUUCUCUUCUGCUGUCUUAGCUGAAGAAAAAAAUGGUUUUGUCUGUUACGUGGUUUUUAUUGGCUGGGGAUUCUCUGUCAGUGCAGUAGGGCCUCUUGAACACCCACGCUGUCGAGCGUCGAGCGCGCUACAUAGGCUACAGCCCGGGGUGUGACUCCUGUUCCUGGCCGACAUUUGGUCCCCAAGCCCUUGGAGUCGGUAGAUACUGGGUGGCCCUUACUUCCCAGAAAGGGUGUAGUAUAAGCGAGGGGAUAGGUUUGAAGGUGGUUCGCGGCCAAGUUAGGGGCAAACGGCACUGCUGCCCUUACUCUUACCUAAGUCUAAGUUACUAAGUUCCGCUUUUGAGGCGCUACUGUGCUGUUGCGUCCGGUUGCUAUGGUGACACCCAAAGCCUGCUGGGAACUUCCUGCGGCUAGUCACACUAGUACUUCGCACACCAUAGAGUAGUUCCGGGUCUGGUGGCUAGAGCGUCAUUUCUUCCGCAGGAAGCGGAAGGGCAAUAGGGUAGGCGGCUCUUUGUCGAAGCUAGAGGACCGGCAGGCGGCAGCAGCAACUACGGCGGCGGCGGCAGAACCCAGCAGUGAUGUGGAGGUGGAGACCCACAGGAGCCCCGGACUUCACCUGAGCUACCUCAGCGGUCACCAAGGGUGGCAAGAAAAGGAAGAAAGCCCUGAGUUGGGGGGGACCAGAAUGCCUGACCGGGACAGCUAUGCCAACGGCACCGGGAACAGCGGUGGAGGCCCUGGAGGAGGUGGCAGCGAGGAGACCAGUGGGGCAGGGGCAGGCAGUGGCGGGGCCAGCUCAGAUGCCAUCUGUAGAGACUUCUUGAGGAAUGUAUGCAAGCGAGGCAAGCGUUGCCGCUAUCGUCAUCCAGACAUGAGUGAGGUAUCCAACUUGGGAGUGAGCAAAAAUGAAUUCAUCUUCUGCCAUGACUUCCAGAACAAGGAGUGUAGCCGCCCAAACUGCCGAUUCAUCCAUGGCUCCAAGGAGGAUGAGGAUGGUUAUAAGAAGACAGGAGAGCUUCCCCCUCGGCUGAGGCAGAAAGUGGCAGCCGGCCUGGGCCUUUCACCAGCUGACUUGCCGAAUGGCAAAGAGGAGGUCCCUAUCUGCCGUGACUUUCUCAAGGGUGACUGCCAGAGAGGAGCCAAGUGCAAGUUUCGCCACCUGCAGCGGGAUUUUGAGUUUGAUGCUCGAGGUGGAGGAGGCAGUGGUGGUGGUGGUGCAACAGGCCCAGUCCCCCCAGGACGACGCCACGACCUCUAUGAUAUCUAUGACCUCCCUGACAGGGGCUUUGAGGACCAUGAACCAGGCCCCAAGCGCCGGCGAGGUGGAUGCUGCCCCCCGGAUGGCCCCCAUUUUGAAUCCUAUGAAUAUAGCUUGGCUCCACCUCGAGGGGUGGAGUGCAGACUGCUGGAGGAGGAGAAUGCCAUGCUCAGGAAGCGGGUGGAGGAGCUUAAGAAGCAGGUCAGCAACCUGCUGGCCACCAAUGAGGUACUGCUGGAACAAAAUGCCCAGUUCCGCAAUCAGGCCAAGGUCAUGACCCUGAGCUCUACUGCACCAGCAACUGAGCAGACUCUGGCCCCCACUGUGGGCACUGUUGCCACUUUUAACCAUGGCAUUGCCCAGACUCACACUACUCUCAGCAGCCAGGCUCUACAGCCUCGCCCUGUAUCCCAGCAAGAACUGGUGGCCCCCACUGGAGCUCCAGCUGCUCCCCCAACUAAUGCUGCACCUCCUGCUGCUCCACCACCCCCACCCCCACACUUGAACCCAGAGAUCACGCCAUUGUCAGCUGCUCUGGCUCAAACAAUUGCCCAGGGAAUGGCACCCCCACCUGUCUCCAUGGCUCCUGUGGCUGUAUCUGUGGCUCCUGUGGCCCCAGUGGCUGUAUCGAUGGCCCAACCCUUGGCAGGAAUCACAAUGAGCCACACCACCACUCCCAUGGUGACUUACCCCAUCGCUUCCCAGAGCAUGCGUAUCACAGCCAUGCCACACUGAUGGGGCUAAUGGACACUCCCCUGGUAUAGCCUCCCAGGGCUGGGGUCGAGGGGCCCUUACCCACUCGCCUAGCCCUCCCAGGCCCUGUCUGAAGGGCUCACUCAAGAACUAGGACAAGAGACUACAAGGAGUUUGCUUCUGAGAAAGGGUUGGGCUGGUCUGUUUUCUCUCACCUCCCUUUUAUGAGGGUCCUCUUGUCCCAUCUUCCUUCAAGCCUCACAGAGGGGGCUUUCAUAGGAGUGCAGACUGAAGCCAGCAGAGAGGAAGGACUGACUGAGGGGCCGUAUGUACCCUGAUGGGAAGAUGGGGACAUCCCUUGUCUUGUCCUCUCUUCUGCAUAGCACAGGUUCCAGCACUGGCUUUGGAAGAAAAAAAACAAAAACAAAAAAACCCUGCCCAGAGGGAAAGCCAGGAGAGAUUGGGAAGUGGGUGGCCAGGAGAGAAGGCCUAAUAGGAGCCUUCAGACAAUUGGGGGCCUAGUUGAGUUGGAGAAUACAGGAAACUGUUCCUGGGCCCAAGGGAAGGUGGGGACCAUAGUACUCCAGUCCAAAGACUAGGGGAGCAUUCAUUACCUUGGCUUGGCUUGGAAAUCCAUAGGGCAGGGCCCACCACUUUCCAAAGAAAUAAAAAAAGAAUUAUUUUUAACAAAUGGAGGCAGUGAAAACUUGCUUAGAUAAACUGUGUGGAAGAUGAGAGCAGUAAAUAUAUCUCAUGCCAAAAUGGGAUAAAGACCCCACCCUCACACAGCUUGGAUAAGGUUGGGCAGAGGCCAGGUGAAGGGUAGGGACCCAGAGCAAAAUUAAACGGCGCUUUGUGGGGUAAAAGCAUUGGAGCCACCUAGUCUAGUUUAAAAAUAGUCCCAUCUGUUGCUGGUUUCUAUCUGCAUGAUACUAUUCCCAGGAUACCUUAGUAACCAGGGCUCCUGGGGUCAUUUAGGGGGGCAGGUACUAAGGAGGGGUGGAUGUGCUGGGAAAUGGGAAUGGGAUAUGUAUUGACAGAUCCCUUAUUCAAACAGCAGGGCAGGUGGCAGUUGCUCUCUGAGUGGUUGAUGACAGUUAAUGCCCCUUUUACCCCAUCCCUUCCUCAGUUACCAAUGCCUUAAGCCUUCAAGGCUUGGGAGGUGCUGGGAAAAGGAAAGUUCUCCUGGGGACACAAACCUCAGGGUUCAUCUCUUCCCUUUGCCUCCAUAUAGAACCACAGAGGUUUUAAAUCCAAUUAAGAGUCCAUAAGGCCAGGGACCCCAGUAGCCAAACCUCAGUUCCUCCUCAGCUCGUAGUUGAUGUAGGGGAAACAACUCAGGUAUCUAGUCUGAUGAGACAGUGGAUUUGGGAUACAGAACAUGGUUCUGAGUUGUGCUUCCCCCAUCAUAUCUACUGCUACCUCUUGUUUUGUCUGGUUGAUCACUCAGGUUACACCUGGGGUUGGAGAUGGUGUGCUCGGUCAAGGCUGGUCAUAAAAAAAAGAAAAGGCCUAAAGACUAGAAGUGGUCAAAUACUGAAAUAUUGUGUGUGGACUCUAGAAACCACACAUUGAUAAGCUUAAUGUUGAUUUUUCUGGCACAGUUCUGGAUUAUUAAAAGAGAUGGUUUAUGAGUAGAGACAAAUGUGAUGAUAGAUACCAACAUGAGUUCAUCCCAGCCAAAUCCUGACUAUUUUCUUUUUGCCAAGUAUCUCUAAAGAGGUAGAUUUGGGAAACUGUAAUCAUUGUAACUUCUUGAUUAACAUAUGCCAGCCAAAGACUGCCAGGAAUACACCUGUAGUCAAACAAAUUGGGUUUAAUGCUCACUGCAGUUAUGGAGAGUGUGCCAUGGGACCCAUGCCUAGCAAAGGGACAUUAGAAAGGACUUUUAGGACUUGGGACUCUGGUUAAGUGAUUUGGGGGAAGGUUCAAGGAAGUGGGGCUUGGUUCCACUGGGUGCUGUCAGGGAAGCAGGGAUACUUCUGUGAUUGGGUAUCUUAACUAGGAAAAGAGCAGACUAGAGUGAAGCUGAAAUUGGUAAUAAAGCAGCAGUCACCCAUUAGUUGGGAGAAGGGGAUGUUUGCUAUUUCAUGACUUGCACACUGACUUUGUUUUGUGUUUAAACAAAAUUGUGAAGUGUGAUCUUGGUUUUUUUGCCUCACUUCAUCACAGUCACUGAGUGCCAUUGUGUGAUGUUGGUGUUUCAUGAGAUUGUGUCCAGUAGGAGAACAUCAUUUCCUAGCUGUGAGCCCAGGUCAGCCCUUAACAACCCGAAGCCCAGCACUGCCAGGCCUAUCCCCAGAUGGCAGGGCUGCUUUGCUCUUCCUCAUCUGCUAAGUCAUUGCAGAUAAGAGAAUAAUUAUGGGUCAGUUAAUGGUAGAGUUUGGCGGAGUCAAAACUCAACAUCUUUGUGUAGUAAAUGUUGAUUAGCGCAUUUUGUUAGAGAAACUUCUGGUCUCUAGUGAUACACUCAAGGGCUAUGUUUUAAAAAAUUCAUAUAAAAAUAUGAAAAGCCCUGUUACCAACAUUAACACACGGAAAUACCAAGUAAACCUGAAAGUGCUGUAACUUGGAUUGACUGAAUUAAUCGAAGAGGUCAGUUUGGAUCAAUUUGGAUUGACCCUCUCCCUAAAAAAUUGCUUGAGCCUGUCUGAGAAAGAACUGCAGAGAACUACGUUAGCAAUAAUUCACAUGAAAACAACACAGGACUUCAAUUGGUUACAAAAAAAUUAAACUCUUAGUCCUAUAGUAUGUCAAUCCAUAAAUACUAAGAGCCUGCUAUGUUCUAAGCACCUUCUGAGGAGCUCCAAAAGGGUAAGAGAACCAUAGUAAUACAUUGUAAAUAUAACAGUUCUACCACGUCUUUUUGAGUGAAACCACUCUUAAAGGAUUCUGUGUUCUAAGUGUAAUUUUCAAAGAGGCCCAUUGAUAAAUCAGUGGGGAUAGCAGAAAAAAAAACCUGACGAGACUGAGGGGAAACCUAAUAGAUGUCUUCAAAUAUUUGAAGGGCUCUCCAAUGGAGAAAAGGUCCUGUCUUGCUGCAUAGGAAAUAAAUAGGGAGUUCUAGAAUAAUAGCUAACAUUUACUGAGUACUUAAUAAUAUAAGCCAAGGCACUGUGCUAGGCACUUUACAUGCAAUUUCUCUUUGACACAAUGGGUUCUGUUAUACAACCCAGUUUGCAGAGGAGAAAGGCUUAAUGAGAGUAAGCUGCCCAGGGUUCUGCAACUACUAAGGAAUGGAGCCAGGCAUUCAGGCAGACUCCAGACUUGGCAUAAAAAAGUUCUAAUGAUAGACCUACUUUGCAGUAACUUUUGAGGAAUAAUAGAGGAUAUUACCUCAAAUCCUGUUGCCCCUUCCAUCUUGGAGAGGGGGCAAGGACUAGGUUACCACAUCUAAUCCUCUCCCUCCCUGAGGAUGUUAAUGAAGUUUACAUAUUAAAUGCAGAUUGCAAAUCCAGGAAGUUUGGGUAUUCUCACUGAGACACUUCCUCGAACAAAUGGCCAUGCUUUCUCCUGUUACAGAUUUACUGCUUAUCACCACCAGGUGGCACCUGGACUGCAGAAUUGUCUACUGGCAGGGACCCACCCUGUUUACUUGUUCUGGUGCCUGCAUUGCAGCUGCAGAUCCUAUGCCUCCUGGGCCUCAGCUGGGAAGAGACCUUCCUGCGGAUUAGCUUUCAUCUUCCACAGACUGUCUUUGGUAGAAGGGUCUGAUGAUCUAGAUGGGGUGAGAAAGCAGAGAAGCUUGGAAAGAAACUCCAUAGGUCACCCUCUCACCCCCCAGCCUAAGUGACCUGCUCCUCCUACUCUAGUGCUUGGCAAAAUUCAGUUUACAGAGAGAUUUCCCUCCAAGGAGGCGCAUCCAUUUUCCUGCUGUAUUCUGCGUAGUGAGCAGGUCACUCUUACCUCUUCCAGAUUCCAUGAGCUCCUUCCUACCUGCUUACCUCUGAGAACACAGAAGAUGUAAAAGGCAGAAAGUUGUUCCUUACACAGUUCUGCACACUGAAUGAAGCACUCUAGAUACUGUUUAGCCUCAGGGAAGUAGAGAAAGGGAAGUCAGAAAAUUUAAGGGGGUAAGGUUGAGCAGGAAUAGGUUUUAAACAGAGUUGAUGAAACAGUCUGAUAGAAUCUAUGCCCUGCAGAGCCAGAUAAUAUUUAUCUGCUGCAGAUCUAGUCUCUCCCCACCAAUCAACCCUACUUUUCCUGUUGCUUCAAACAAUAACACAACAAGCUCCACACAUACUGCAUUAAAAGAUAAUCAUUUUAUGACCAAUUCUUCCCUCCUGAGCUUCCAAUUAGUCUAGUUUCUAGGUCCAGUUAACUAGUAACAGUAGUCAUCAUCAAUGUACCCUGCGCUUUUCCCUUCCUACACGUACACUAUACAACAUGGAAUUGCAUUAGUUCUACAUGUGACUGUAUUCCGAACUUUCCUUCCAACUCAGGCAAAUAAGAAACAGAAUUGUCUCAUUACUCUUCAUUUCAGUUCCUCAGGAUCAGGGAAAUCAUGGGAAAUGUAAUCAAUUCCACUGCAGCCGAGGCAUCUCCCCUCCCCACUCCCGCCCCCACCGUUUGGGAGCCAGUUUAAUUUGCCCUCUAUGAUAAAGAUAACUAACUAAAUCUUGGAGAUUACUAAUAAGAAAUAAAGCCUCACUUCCUAUUCA